AUGCUCUCGCGUCUGCGCCGCCUCGCCUUGUGCCGGCCCCCAACCCUCACGUCCAGGAGCUUCUCGCUUCCUUCCAAUGUUCCGAAAGUGACUGAUGCUGAAGUGCGCGUGCGUUACGCUCCAAGUCCCACUGGCUUUCUGCACCUCGGCGGUUUACGCACGGCGCUGUUUAACUAUUUAUUUGCCAAGAGCUGCGGCGGGCAGUUCAUCCUGCGCAUUGAAGACACGGAUAAAACGCGGCAGGUCGAAGGAUCAAUGGAAGCGCUCGUGGACAGUCUCAAGUGGUGUGGCGUCAUGGAGGAUGAGGGCCCUAUCGUUGGAGGUCCGUACGGUCCGUACAUCCAGUCACAGAGACUGCCGAUCUACAAGGAGGCAGCUGAGAGGCUGAUUGAGAGUGGACAUGCCUACCGUUGCUUUUGCACUAGUGAACGCCUAAAGAAGCUGCGAGAGUCGCAGAUUUGUCAUGGUGAAGCGACGAUGUACGACCGAGCGUGUCUUGGUCUGAAUGAGAAGGAGGUGGCGGAACGAGUAUCACACGGCGAGCCGCACACUAUUCGACUGCGGAUUCCACCGGGCAAGACAACCGUUAAAGACUUGUUGCGUGGAUACAUUCAGUUCGUACAUGCUGGCAUCGAUGAUCAGGUCUUGAUGAAGAGCGAUGGCUAUCCAACGUAUCACCUAGCCAAUGUUGUGGAUGAUCACGCCAUGCGCAUCACCCACGUUAUUCGUGGCGAGGAAUGGCUUCCGUCGACACCAAAGCAUGUCAUUUUGUACAAGGCAUUGGGCUACGAGGCUCCUGCUUGGGCACAUUUAGGCCUUCUACUGAAUGGGGACCGCUCUAAGCUGUCCAAGCGUCAGGGGGAUGUAGCUGUCGAAGCCUUCCGAGACAAGGGUUUCCUACCAAGUGGUCUCGUGAACUUUGUUGCUCUAUUAGGCUGGAAUCCUGCUGAUGGAAACAAUCAGGAAAUAUUCCAAAUGAAAGAGCUGGAAAAACAUUUCUCGAUCAAGCACGUGAAUAAAGCAGGCUCGGUUGUGAAUGUGGAUCGUCUUCGUUGA